AUGUCUUCGCGCCAGGCGAAGCAAGUGAGCAUGACCGGCAUGCAGGAGAUCGGUAGUCCGUCGAGUAAGGAACUCGACGACGCCAAUCUGGCGCGUAUGGGAAAGCGCCCAGUUUUGAAGCGGAACUUUGGACUGAUGUCCAUGCUUGGUUUCAGUUGUACUAUUCUGAUUACUUGGGAGGGAAUUGUGGUCCUUUUCUUGCAAGCUUACCAGAAUGGUGGCCCUGCGGGUGCGAUAUAUGGAUACCUCUUCGUCUGGGCUGGCGUCGCAUCCACCUUCGUGGUUCUCUCGGAAUUGGCGUCGAUGGCACCGACUUCUGGAGGGCAGUACCACUGGUGCUCCAUGCUUGCUCCGCGUUCCACAAUGAAGCUGUUUAGCUAUAUAACAGGCUGGCUCACGGUCAUCGGAUGGCAAGCCACAUACGCGACCUCCUGCUAUCUGUGUGGAACUCUCAUCCAGGGCCUAAUCGUCCUCACAAACAGCUCGUACGAGCCAAAGAACUGGCACGCGACUCUGAUAUUCUGGGCCGUGGCAUUAUUCUCGAUUACGAUUAACUCCGUUGGAGGAAAGCUACUACCUCGUUUCGAAGGCUUUAUCCUCAUCCUUCACAUCCUCGGCUUCUUCGCCAUUCUCAUCCCGCUCACUUAUAUGGCCGACCAUGGAAGUGCAAAGGAGGUUUUUACCGAGUUCCUAAACCUAGGAGGGUUCCCAUCCCAGGGUCUGUCAUUCUUUGUCGGUAUGGUAGGAUGUAUUUUCGCAUUUGCUGGUGGUGAUGCGGCGGUUCACAUGUCCGAGGAGAUCCUGAACGCCUCAACCGCGGUUCCAACCUCGAUCAUGCUCUCCGUGCUGAUCAACGGUUCCCUUGGCUUCGGCAUGCUGCUGGCCAUGCUCUUCUGCCUGGGUGAUAUUGAAGAGGCCCUUGGCUCUGCCACAGGAUAUCCAUUCAUGAGCAUCUUCCUGCAAGCCACCGGCUCCGUUGCCGGAACUGCUGUAAUGUGCUCUAUCAUCACCACUAUGGGUAUCACGACUUCGGUCGGCAUGCUCGCCUCUGCCUCUCGACAGUUUUGGUCGUUCGCACGAGACCGUGGCAUUCCAGGCUGGCGCAUUUGGAGCCAGGUCCACGGCACUACCGCGGUUCCCAUUUACUCCGUGUUAUUGACCACCGUUGUUGUCUGCCUGCUCGCGCUCAUCAAUAUCGGAUCUGCCGUCGCCUUUAACGAUCUCGUCGCCAUGUCCAUUUCCGGUCUAUACUUGUCGUAUAUGAUUGUGGCCGGUCUUCUGCUCUACCGUCGCUGCACAGGCGGUAUCAGCAACGCUCGAAGCAGCGAUCACGGCCUGGUUAAUGUCCCCGGAUCCAUUUGUGCCUGGGGACCAUUCCACUUACCGGGCAUUGCGGGCAUCGCGGUCAAUACCUUUGCCCUGAUUUAUAUGACCAUUGCUGUGUUCUUCAGUUUCUGGCCGCCUUCGUGGGCUGUCACCGUGCAGACGAUGAACUUCAGUGUGGUUGGCACUUUCGGCGUGAUUAUGCUCAGCUUGAUUUACUACGCUGUCCGGGCUAGACAUGUCUACAACGGACCAAUCGUGGAGAUCCAUUAG